GUCAAGUGGAGUCCGCUGCUAAAUAAUCAACAACAGGCAAGUAACGGCCCCGAAGAGCCCAACGGCCGCGUCAUGUACGAGAACUCGUGUUCGUAUCAAACCGCGCUGGACUUGAAGCGUGUGUCGCCGCCCACACUGGCCCAGGUGAAGACGGAGGACUGCCUGACGUUGGGACAGUGCUCGCCCGAUUGGACGUCGUAUCGCUUCCAUCAGUCCACGUUCGAGCAGUUGAAGCAGAGCGUAGAAAAGGCCAAGGCUGCGCUACAGGAUCGCAGCACGUUCUUUGGCGCUACCAGUGCGUUCAGUGACAUCUACUCCAGCCAGCGUUUGAGCGACACACUCGACACCUUGCCCAGUGCGGUGCAGAGUGGCAAUGGCGCCGGAAACUGCAUCGGCUUGACACACAAUGCCCUGCAGAGCUCCGGAGUUGGUGUGGGAGUGGGUGUGGGCGUGGGCGUGGGCGUGGGAGGAGGAGCGCCUAGUCUUGUGAUUAACUACAAUACCAGCAGCUUGGCGGCCGUGAGUAGCAGCGGCGCUCCCACAGGAAGCGGGGUGCAGCGACAUCGGCUGGACACAUUGCAGCCACCACCUGCAGGCUGCUCACCCGCCGGCACACAGCACGGAGUCAUCACGUCCAGUGCCGCCCAACCGACUAGUGUAUCUUUGGAUGCGGGCACAUCAGCGCCGCCCUCGGUGGCAUCCUCCUCAUCGCAUAUUGAGCACAAAGUAAGAGACAAAUCCACACUGGAUUGCACGUCAUCCACGCAUGCCGCCGCUAUAGCCGCCUCCGCCUCCUCCACCACUGAGCAUAGCCGUCAGAGUCUCAGCAAAGGCAGCAGCAGCAAUGCACUGUCUGAUAGAAAUGGCGAGGCACUGCUAGACGACACGACGAGCUCGACCAUACACAACUUGCCGGUAAGGCGGGCCCCACAGACCCCACAGGCCCCACAGGCCGCCCCGACACCAUCACGGUGCACCUCGCCGGAAACGCAACGCAGCCAGAGCCGGAGACGCUUGCUGCCCUCUCUCACAAUGCUUGACAUUAAGUCAUCUGCCGAUUAUUUGUCACGCUCGACGGGAAGCUUCAGCAAUUUCUCAAUGCUUUUCGCAGAUUCUUCGUACAAAUCGUCGUGGGGCUCCCACAGUGCGACGCAAUCACAAGGCUACAGUUCGAAUGCUUUGGGUAUUAAACAUGAUCCGCACACACAACUACGGCAACCUGAUCCAUAUCAAAUGUUCGGACCCACCAGCAGCAGACUGGCCAGUUCAGGCUCUGGCCAAAUACAAUUAUGGCAAUUUCUGCUCGAGUUAUUGUCGGACUCGAACAAUGCUAGCUGCAUCACCUGGGAGGGUACAAACGGCGAGUUCAAGCUGACCGAUCCCGACGAGGUCGCUCGACGCUGGGGCGAACGCAAAUCCAAGCCGAACAUGAAUUACGAUAAGCUGAGUCGUGCCUUGAGAUACUACUACGACAAGAACAUAAUGACCAAAGUACAUGGAAAGCGGUACGCCUACAAGUUUGACUUCCAAGGCUUAGCAGCGGCCACACAGCCAGCCGCCAGCGAUCCCACCUAUAAGUAUCAGAGCGACUUAUUUAUGACACCAUAUCAUCACAGCGCCAAACUAAGCUCCUUCAUGAGUCCACACCAUGGCAUGACUUCAUCGUCUGCUUCCAUCUUUCCCUCGGCGGCUUCUUGGGGCAACUGGGGCAGCCCGGCUACAAAUCUUUACCAGCCGCACUCGAUGAGCCACGUGACGCCAUCGCAUGUAGCGCCGCACCUGAGCUCCUAUCCCCACUACGCAUGACCAUCAUCGUCCGGUGGCGCCUUCUAAUAUGAGAGCAACGCCAUCGCCGGAGCCACAAGCCUCGGCGGUGGCGGUGU